AUGGUGGCAGUGCAACCGCCACUGAACCUAGAUUUGUUGCUUCCUGCCCCAGGCUUAAUUGGCAAUCUAUUCCAUGUGAAAGUGGGCUGUCAUGCAGGUGACAAUCAUUUUGAAGUCUUCGCGGUCCAUCGCAGCGUUCUUCAUAGCGUUGAUGUCUUCGUCGAACUAUACUCUGGCCAAGCACCAAAUCUGUUACAAAUGAAGCCAGACCAGGACGGCAAAGUUGACGUCGACUGGCCUGCCGAAGCGUAUUGUGUUGGGUGCACAGUAGGUGACCGGGGCUUCCAGGCAGCCCUUACCGGAAUGGUGCUAGAUUGCACUGAAAAGAUUGCCGACUGUCCAAAUGGUGCGUUCGUAUACACUAGCUAUAAAGGUACCGAGCGGUGGUGUUCAGCUCGGGAGCUUAUGCUUGAUGCUUUUGUUUGGAAGGUGGACAAUAGCUGGCAAAGCGUUGAGGAUAUGAAAGGAGGAUACCAUGAGACCUUUCGAAAGAUCUUGUUUCAGAGCAGACUUGUCUACCCGUUCGAACCAGACUUGACCACUACCGGAUUUUCAGGAUACUGCCUGACCGAUGCUGUAUACAAGAAUAAUGAUUAUGAGGCUUUGAGGCAGGUUGUGGUUAAUGUAUGGAUGUGGAAAGCGAACGAGCGGUGGGAUGGUGUAGAAGACAUGGACUGCCUUUUUGAACAUAACGACUGGAUUAAUUACAGAACAAUGUUCGCCGCCGAUAUAUGUGCCGCUUUGCUGCGGGUGUGCCCCAUUCCUGGUCAAGAGGUGGCGACAAGGGAGAAGAAACCCUGGGAGGAUCCGGAGAAGUAUUAUGAGAAGAGUAUCGAGCUGGAAUAG